GGGUUUGCAACGAUCCAUCCAUGGAGCUCGUGGAGUGGAAGAAGAUCUCCUGCAAGAAACUCCUCCCCUUCCUGCUCUUCAGCUUCAUCCUCAGCUCCUGCCUCCUUGUUUUCUUUCUCUUCAGGAUUUCUGAGACAGAGCACAUCAGUUCCAACCCCUCUGCCCAAACAGCCUGUGCUGCUGCCCCACCAAAGCGUGCCCCCAGGCUGACCAUCCUGCUGUGGCAGUGGCCCUUUGGGCAGCACUUCAACUUCAUAAACUGCUCCAAGCUCUACAGCACCCCAGACUGUCGCUUCACCCUCCAGCGCAGCUGGGCGCAAAAGGCCGCGGCAGUGAUCGUGCACCACAGGGACGUGUGCGGCGACACCGAGGGGCUGGCCCGGCUCCCCCGGCUCCCGGCACAGCGCUGGAUCUGGUUCAACCUGGAGUCUCCCAGUCACUCUCCAAACUUAAGCGCCAUGGCCAACCUCUUCAACCUGACCAUGUCUUACCGGAGAGACUCGGACAUCUUCACCCCUUACGGCGAGCUGCAGCUCCUUGGCCAACCCCAGCCCCUCAGCAUCCCACCCAAGACCAAACUGGUGGCAUGGGUAGUCAGCAACUGGAGAGCAGACUCCCACCGGGUCAAGUACUACCAGGAGCUGAAGAAACACAUCGCUGUAGACGUCUAUGGGCAGCAUCACUUGCCCCUGCCCUGGGACCAGCUCCUUCCCACUGUGUCCCAGUACAGCUUCUACCUGGCUUUCGAGAACUCCCAGCAUGAAGACUACAUCACCGAGAAGCUCUGGAGGAACGCCUUGGCCUCUGGCACCGUCCCAGUUGUGCUGGGGCCUCCUCGAGAAAACUACGAGUGUUUCCUGCCCCCUGACUCCUUCAUCCACGUCGACGACUUCGCCAGCGCCGAGAGCCUGGCGCGGUACCUGCGGGAGCUGAGCCGGGACCCCGGCAGGUACCGCAGCUACUUCCAGUGGCGCAGGUGGUUGAAGCCCGUGGUGGGGAGUGACUGGGCCUGGCAUGUGUGCAGAGCUUGUCACUUCCUGCAGACCACAGAGCUCAGGUACAGGGUUGUGCCUGAUCUGGCUGAGUGGUUCGUGUAA